AUGGAGCAAAGAAAGAUGAGAAAACUCCAGAGAUCAACACAAUCUUCACAUGAUGAUAAUGAUAGAUCUCAAUCACAUGAUGAUAAUGAUGGAUCUCAAUCCAGAGACCAUAUUCCUCUCGAUCUAAUCGUUGAGAUACUCGUAAAACUGCCUGCAAAAUCGAUUGGGAGAUAUCGCUCCGUCUCUAAGCUAUGCUCUUCCAUCACCACCACUCCGUUCAUCAACUCGUUCCCGAGCCGGUGCUCGGCAUCAUCACGGCCUUGUGUUCUGCUAGCCUUCUGUAAACGCGACAAGCUGUUCGUGUUCUCGUCUCCGCUACACAAGAUUACUUGUUAUCCUGAUCAAGCGGAGAAUUAUCAAUAUACAAUCCCCAAUAAUGGUUGCUUUCGUCGUUACGAUUCCGUCCACGGCUUGGUUUACUUGGAAACUUAUACAGAGCUCACAAUCUGGAACCCUACCAUGAAACGCUUCUUCACUUUACCUAAACCUCAAGGCAGCCAAGGCAGAUACCAAACAGGAUUUUUGGGAUAUGAUCCUAUUGAUUGUAAAUACAAAGCACUGUGCAUUCUUACAGGCAACAAGAUUGGGAUUCUUACAUUGGGAGGUCAAGAAUCAUGGAAAAUACUAUCGGAAGGUUUCCCUAGGCAUUCUUGCAUUAUAAAAGAUUGUGGGAAAUGCAUUAAUGGAGUCAUGUACUAUGAUUGUUAUUUUGAAAAGAAGUGUGCCAUAAUGAGCUUUGAUCUCAGAUCUGAAAAGUUCAGUUUGAUUAAAUUUCCGAUGGACAAAUACUGCCGCGGUUCUCUUUUUGUAUCAUAUGAAGGAAGAUUAGCUUUGAUAAUAAGUUCUAUUGAUGGUGUUGAAUUAUGGAUUUUGGAAGAUGCAGAGAAUCACCAAUGGGUAUAUAAACAUAUUCAUUCACCUAAUCUUCCUUACACAAGAUGGACGAUGAAGGAAUGGACGCUGAAGGGUGUCACUGAUGUUGGUGAGUUUAUCUACAUUUAUACACCAAGUGCUACUUAUAGAUCUCCUACGGAACUUAGUUCUAGUAAUUGGCGUUUGUAUGAAUGGUUUCAUAUUGUGUAUUUUGAUCCGAAGAGAAACGGUUUAAGAGAAGUGAAGUUUCCAGGAAUUGCGUAUGACGAGUUUAAGCAACUUGGUGAAGUUCGAUACGAUCUUUUGAAUGACUCAAGUGUUGUACCAAAUCAUAUCGAGAGUCUCAUGUCGCUGUAA